UUUGAUUCCUAGCGUCAACGUGAUUAUUGUACUAAUAAUCGUAGUACUAAUCAUAUGGUAUCCGUGAUUUAGCUCUAAGUUGUAUAAUCUUCACCACAACUUGUUGUCACGUUCAGUUCUGUGUUUCUUUUUAAUCUUGGUGCUGUUGUUUGUCGAACAUUUGAACUGUGUAUUUUAUUUUCUAAUGGCAACAAAUAUUGACUGGGCAAACUCUGCCGAAGAGCAAGAAAAAUUAAUCACAAAGGUAGACAAUCUCGUUUUGUCCAAGAGUGACCCAAUCCCUAAUGGAAGUCCGAAUACUGAAGGUGUGUCUGGAGAUGGCCUGGAAAACAAAAGUACAGAUGAAGCUCCAAUUUCUCCGGCUGAAAGGUCGCUGCUACAGAAGAUCAUCCGCAGAGGUUUAGUAGAAAACAAGAAUGAUAUUGAGGUCCAACGAAAGGAUCCUUCAUCGCCCUUGUUUUCUGUGAAGUCAUUUGAAGCACUGAAUCUACACCCGCAGCUUUUGAAAGGUGUGUAUGCAAUGGGAUUCAAUGCACCUUCGAAGAUACAAGAGACAGCACUGCCAACACUCUUGGCUGAUCGGCCACAGAACAUGAUAGCCCAGUCUCAGUCAGGCACAGGGAAAACGGCAGCAUUUGUACUGGCCAUGCUGAGCAGAGUUGACCCUAAGAAGGAGUACCCACAGGUGCUCUGUCUGUCUCCAACAUAUGAACUGGCGAUCCAAACUGGUGAGGUGGCUGCAAAGAUGGCACAAUUCUGUACAGAAAUUAAAAUACGUUUUGCAGUGCGAGGAGAAGAGAUUCCUCGAGGGACAAAGUUGAAGGAGCAUAUCAUCAUAGGGACACCAGGCAAAGUGGUGGACUGGGGUGUGAAGUAUCGGUUCUUUGAUCUUGGGAAAAUCAGUGUGUUCGUCCUUGAUGAAGCAGAUGUCAUGAUUGCUACUCAGGGACACCAGGACCAGAGCUUUCGUAUCCACAAGUUGCUGUCACCGAACUGCCAAAUGAUGUUCUUCUCAGCAACGUACGAGCAGGAUGUUAUGGAAUUUGCAGAGGGUAUCGUGUCGAACCCCGUGGUCAUCCGGCUCAAGCGAGAAGAGGAGAGUCUUCACAACAUAAAGCAGUAUUAUGUGAUGUGUCGCAAUCUUGAAGACAAGUAUACUGCUAUUGCUAACAUCUAUGGUGUUGUUACCAUCGGCCAGGCCAUGAUCUUCUGUCAUACACGCAAGACAGCAUCAUGGCUAACAGAGAAGAUGUCACAUGAUGGACAUGCAGUGGCACUGCUGUCUGGUGACCUUACUGUAGAACAAAGAAUAGCUGUGCUGGAUCGCUUCCGAGAUGGCAAAGAAAAAGUACUAAUUACAACGAACGUUCUAGCCAGAGGAAUUGAUGUGGAGCAGGUAACGAUUGUGGUGAACUUCGACCUUCCUGUUGAUCUCCGACGUAAUGCCGACUGUGACACAUAUCUUCACAGGAUUGGAAGAACUGGGAGAUUUGGAAAGGCUGGCAUUGCCAUCAACCUUGUUGAUGGCCCAGAAACAAUGGCGUUGCUUAAACAGAUUGAGGACCACUUUGGCAAGAAGAUCAACCAGUUAGAUGCUGAAGAUGUGGAUGAAAUUGAGAAACUUGGACAAGAAUGAAAUUUGUUCUUUUGGCUGGACAAGAUUAUUACCAAAGUGAAAACAAAUUUUAAUAAUUUUCCAGUUAAUUUAAAGAUUGACAGUAUAUGAACGAAAUGCAGCAAGUAACGGACAAAAUGUGAAAACGCAGAGAAGGAAAUUUUCCUCCCUUUUGUCUGGUGACAAAAACAAACCUAGUUUCAAAAAUGUUUUGUUUGAUAAAAAUAAAGAAUGAUGGACAGUGUCCAAAAUAAUAGGCAUGUGUGCUUAUAUUUCAGAUCGAUAUAGAAACAGAAAAUUAUUUAUUAUAGCUGCAGUGAUAUUAAGUGGCAGUGAAAGUGGGGGAUCCUGUAAGAAUAAUAUGUUCCACGUUAGUGUACUUAGGAAUAAGUGUCUGCUCAGGCAGUUAGGUAUUAGCUUUUACUGGAAGUCCAAGGUUCAGAUCUUAGAGCAUUUAGUGUGCAGUCUUUUAUGCCGAAGUACACUGAACGUUUCUUUUUUAACAAGUUGUUUAGUUUUAACCUUUUUGUCAUUUGCUGCACCCCUAUACCAUGAUUCCCAACUGCCCAAUAAGUCUGGUACAUUUUCAUCGGUUGGAGCAAGUGAGUGGAUAUGGAAUGCAGAAGUUUGAUUUCAGUCUAGAAGUACAGUAUAUCAUGGUUUUAUUUCAUCCAUUUGGUGUAGACUGUACGUAUUGUAUUUUGCAGCUGGACAUGACCCCCUAUUGCAUAAAAGCUAAUGGGAGACCCCUUGGAAGCAUAAAAUGGUGGUGUCAGAUAGCUUUGUGGAUACAGAUUGAAAGUUGAAAACCUUGCACAUUUUUUAGUUGAAUUAAGCAUAUUCAUGUGAUUUCAGUGAUAUGAAAAUUGACUUGGCAAUGCAAGUAUACUGUAAUGGCUGAAACUCUAGUGUAUGAAACGAUGUGGGUUUUGUUUCCAAUGACUUAAUUUAAAUGUGUGCUACUGAAUUAUGUGACGUAUCAUUUCCAGUGUUAAUGUUAUCAGUUCCUGUUGGACCUACUUGUGCAGAGUGUGUAAGGUGUAAGGUGAUGAAGGUGGCUGGCAGAAGAAAUGUUGAACAGGAAAUAUUUUGUGGCUCAUUAUGCAUCUCUUUGAGGGUAGAUUGUAAGCUGUCUUUACAGUGUUAAUUUUAUCAACUUAGAUUUGUUGUUCAAAUCUAUUGCAGUGCGACAGCUGUGGGGUGUAAUGCCAUGUAGUUCAGAGACAGCCAAAUUUUUGAGAGGAACAUGUCAAAUCCCUCUUUGUAGUAGAAGAAUAAGCCAAGCAAGAAACCAGCAGAAGCAGGGUUAUUGUGUGCAUGUGCUGUUCAGGCUCUGUAUAUGCUACAUGGUGUUGUAACAGAGAUGACCAUACUUUUACAUUUUAAUAAUAACUUUAUUGAGAACCAUUUUUAAAAUGUUUUUAAAAAAUGUAAAAAUAUGUUUACGUUAAAUAGAUGGCAGAUGCACAGAGAGUGCGACUAAAUGUGGGCAAAAUUUCAUAGCUGUAAAAGUUGUGUUCCAUGGAAAAUAUAAUCAAAAUAUGAUAAAUUGUGUUUUGUUGGUCUGAGCCGAGAUGUUAUAACCGAGACAUAUUUAGAAGUUCAAUCGGAAGGGAGGCGCCGUUCAGAGAGAGGACUUUAGCCCGAAAGCAGAGGAAUAGCAACUGUUAGAAGCUGCUACUAGGAGACAGCUACUGAAGACUGUAACAGACUGCGAACACUAGUCUGUGUGCUCUAGUGAACUGUAAAGUGGUCAGUACAUCCCAUUCAGAACCCUAUUAAGAGACACU